AUGGUAAGCAUUGCUGAUCCUCAGACGUUCUCGUUUCUAUAUCGCAUACUUUGUUGGUUGAAUCACUGCCAUGCGGCGCCUGGCGAGGGCUUUGCUUUUCAACAGUCCAUUUUUGGACACGUAGGCGUUCGCUUCGCCUUCCGACGCGAGAGUCGAAUCGGUUCGAAUUUCAUCCCAGUGAACUAUGCCAUGAAAGCUGAAGCUGAAACUGCGCGUUUUCACUCCGACUCGUCAUCGGCUAAGCUUUGGUCACACACUAGCAAAAAAGCCAGACGGCAACGCAAGGCAACUUUUUUCGCGCCGUCUUUCUUUUAUCAAAGCGACUGCGAAAACCUGAACAUCAAUGGAAUGGUGAAAUCCGUCGGUGUCGAUGCAAACGGGUUCUAA